AUGGCCGACGAGACCCCCAGGAAGGGCGCCCUGUCGGCGCUCGUCGGGCACACCAACGGCCUCACCAAGCCGAUGGUUCUGCGAAGCGCGCCCGCCUCACUUGGGCUCUCCGGACCCACAGACAGACCCAAACUGCCGGACAACUACACGCAGGACACCUGGCAGAAGCUCCACGAGGCGGUGAGAGCCGUGCAGAGCAGCACCUCCAUCAGGUACAACCUGGAAGAGCUGUACCAGGCUGUCGAAAAUCUCUGUUCUCACAAAGUCUCCCCAACACUCUACAAACAGCUGCGCCAGGUCUGUGAAGAUCAUGUCCAAGCACAGAUCCUUCAGUUUAGAGAAGACUCACUAGAUAGUGUUUUAUUUUUAAAGAAGAUUAACACAUGCUGGCAAGAUCAUUGCAGACAAAUGAUCAUGAUCAGAAGUAUUUUCCUGUUUUUGGACCGCACUUAUGUACUGCAGAAUUCCAUGCUUCCUUCUAUCUGGGAUAUGGGAUUGGAGCUUUUUAGAAACCAUAUCAUUAGUGAUAAAAUGGUUCAGAGUAAAAGUAUUGACGGGAUUCUGCUAUUAAUUGAACGAGAAAGAAGUGGUGAAGCCGUGGAUCGGAGUUUGUUAAGAAGUCUGCUGAGUAUGCUCUCUGACCUUCAGGUAUAUAAAGAUUCAUUUGAAGUGAAAUUUUUGGAAGAAACUAAUUGUUUAUAUGCUGCAGAAGGCCAGAGAUUAAUGCAAGAAAGAGAGGUUCCAGAAUAUCUUAACCACGUAAGUAAGCGUUUAGAGGAGGAAGGAGACCGAGUAAUCACGUACCUAGACCACAGCACACAGAAACCAUUGAUUGCUUGUGUGGAGAAACAGCUGUUAGGAGAACAUUUGACAGCAAUUCUGCAGAAAGGGCUCGACCAGCUGCUGGACGAGAACCGAGUGCCCGACCUCACCCAGAUGUACCAGCUGUUCAGCCGCGUGAAGGGUGGGCAGCAGGUCCUGCUGCAGCACUGGAGCGAGUACAUCAAGACUUUCGGGACAACAAUUGUCAUCAAUCCUGAGAAAGACAAAGAUAUGGUACAGGACCUGCUGGAUUUUAAGGACCGAGUGGACCACGUGAUAGAAGCAUGCUUCCAGAGGAACGAGAAGUUCAUCAACUUGAUGAAGGAGUCCUUUGAGACGUUUAUCAAUAAGAGGCCAAAUAAGCCCGCAGAACUGAUAGCAAAACAUGUUGAUUCAAAAUUGAGAGCGGGUAAUAAAGAAGCAACAGACGAGGAGCUGGAGAGGAUUCUCGACAAGGUCAUGAUAAUAUUCAGGUUCAUUCACGGGAAAGAUGUCUUCGAAGCAUUUUAUAAAAAAGAUUUGGCAAAAAGACUCCUUGUUGGAAAAAGCGCCUCAGUAGAUGCUGAAAAAUCUAUGUUGUCCAAACUAAAGCACGAGUGCGGCGCGGCAUUCACCAGCAAGCUGGAAGGCAUGUUCAAGGACAUGGAGCUGUCCAAGGACAUCAUGGUGCAGUUCAAGCAGUAUAUGCAGAAUCAGAGUGACCCAGGCUCUAUAGAUCUAACCGUGAACAUACUUACGAUGGGGUACUGGCCAACAUACACACCUAUGGAAGUGCAUUUGACUCCAGAAAUGGUUAAACUUCAGGAAAUAUUUAAGACAUUCUAUCUUGGAAAGCACAGUGGUCGAAAACUUCAGUGGCAAACCACGUUGGGCCAUGCUGUUUUAAAAGCAGAGUUUAAAGAAGGGAAGAAGGAGUUCCAGGUGUCCCUGUUCCAGACACUGGUGCUUCUCAUGUUCAACGAAGGGGACGGAUUCAGCUUUGAAGAAAUAAAAAUGGCCACAGGGAUAGAGGAUGGUGAGCUGCGAAGAACGUUGCAGUCCCUGGCCUGCGGCAAAGCACGAGUUCUGGUUAAGAGUCCCAAAGGGAAGGAGGUGGAAGACGGGGACACAUUCAUGUUCAACGGGGAGUUCAAGCACAAACUGUUUCGAAUAAAGAUCAACCAGAUCCAGAUGAAGGAAACCAUUGAGGAACAAGCCAGCACCACUGAGAGAGUGUUUCAGGACAGACAAUAUCAGAUUGAUGCUGCUAUCGUCAGAAUAAUGAAGAUGAGAAAGACUCUUGGUCAUAACCUUCUAGUUUCUGAAUUGUAUAAUCAGCUGAAAUUUCCAGUAAAGCCUGGAGAUUUGAAAAAGAGAAUUGAAUCUCUUAUAGACAGAGACUAUAUGGAGAGAGACAAAGACAAUCCGAAUCAGUACCACUACGUGGCCUAA